UCCUCCUCCCUCCUCCGCUGCGAGCAUGGCGCGGGAGGCCGCGCUCGCCGCCUGCCUGGAGGCCGUGCUGGGCAGCCGCUCCAGCGCCAACCGCGUCUUCGAGCUCCUGGAGCCGCUGGCGGGCCAGGAGGAGCCGGAGGACAUCGUGAGCGCCGCCAGGAUCUGCGGCCGGCUCUUCGGGGCGCUGCUGGAGCGAGGGGAGCUGUUCGUGGGGCCGCUGCCCGAGCAGGACGCCUCUCUGGGCGAGAACUACAGCGCCCAGGACAAGUACAGGAUAUGGAUGCGGCACCGCUACAGGGACUGCGUGGGCUGCCUGGGAGAGCUCAUGGGGCACGAAGCCUUCCAGGUCAAGGAGCAGGCACUCUGCACACUCAUGAAGUUUGUAGAAUUGGAGGCACAGUAUCCAUUGAUCAAAAUAGAGUGGAAGGGAACUUUAACUUUUCCAUGUGACCUUCUCAAGGUGGUUGUUGAUGGUUUGCUUCCCACCACCGAGGACGCCUCCCUGCUGAUCUCCCGCUUUCAGGAGUACCUGGAGUAUGAUGAUGUUCGCUACUUUGUCAUGAAGGCUGUCACUGCCAGCAUCGGGCAGGUCAUGCAAAAGACAAAGGAGAGGCCGCUGCCUUUUUACCAGCAGAAUGUGUUUUCCCUCAUCUCACCCAUUAACAUGCCAAACAAAGAGUCUGAGAUGGUGAAAUUUAUGGUCAAGCAAGAUAACCGUGAGGAGUUGAAAUUUUCAAAGCUGCAGGCACACAGGCAGGUGUUUGAAAAAAUGUGGCUGACUUUUUUGAAGCACAAGCUGCCCCCUGGCCUUUACAAAAAGGUUCUUGUCAUUCUGCACGACUCUGUCCUGCCUUACAUGAACGAGCCCACUCUCAUGAUGGAUUUCUUGACAGUGGCCUAUGGCAUAGGUGGAGCAAUCAGUCUUCUAGCCCUAAAUGGGUUGUUUAUUUUGAUUCAUCAGCAUAAUCUGGAGUACCCUGACUUUUACAAGAAGCUGUACAGCCUGUUAGACCCUUCCAUCUAUCACGUGAAGUACCGAGCUCGCUUUUUCCACCUGACUGAUCUCUUUUUGUCUUCAUCGCACCUGCCAGCCUACCUGGUGGCAGCGUUCAUCAAGCGGCUGGCGCGGCUGGCGCUCACGGCUCCUCCCGAGGCUCUGCUCAUGAUCCUCCCCUUCAUCUGCAACCUGUUCCGCAGGCACCCCGCCUGCAAGGUGCUGCUGCACAGGCCAGCAGGGCCAGCAGAUAUGUCAGAAGAUCCAUAUGUCAUGGAGGAGAAAGAGCCAUCUGAAAGCAAGGCUUUGCAGAGCUCUCUGUGGGAGAUUCAGUCUCUCCAGAACCAUUAUCACCCAGAUGUGGCCAAGGCAGCUGCUGUCCUGAACCAAUCCCUGUCUGAAAUGGAGGAUGACAUAUCAGGGCUCCUGGAGCUCUCAACUGCUGAGCUUUUUGAUAGAGAAGUAAAGAAAAAGGCUGUUGAUGUGCCCCUGGAGUUUGAGCCUGUACGAGGUUUGUUUGGGAAGAAGAAUGAUAUUUUUGCAGAGCACUUCAGUUUAGACUGAUGCCAUCUCUUACCAAAACACAUCUGUCAGCAGCCGGAUCUUAGGGACACACAGAAAGCUCCCAUGUGCUCUGCAGCCCUUCCUUGUGAGGAGA